GAAAUUAUUAGAACUCAUCAAAUAAGUCUACACAAUGGUAACGCCCGCGAGUUUGUAACAGGAACAGGCUCUUUUUCAAUGGUCUCAUGUCCUCAGGGGUAACUGGUAAGUGGUAACAUUGUGAGAGAGUUGUGGGAAAAUGGCAGAAAGCAGAGAGAAGAAAGAGAGUAGGAGACAAGUGUGGAGGUGGUCUUUGGGGGCUCCUCUCCUUGCUGUCUUAGUGGCGACUGCAAUCACCUCAAUCGCUUUUCCCGAAAUCUCGCUUUUUAACGGCAACACCAACGACAAUCGGAAGUUCUGCCACUGUGCUCAGGAUUCACUGAAAUACACUGGCAUUGUUGAGGACUGCUGUUGUCAUUAUGAGACAGUUAGUCUUAAUGAGGAAGUCUUGCAUCCUUGGCUCCAAGAACUUGUCACAAUGCCCUUCUUCCGAUAUUUUAAGGUUAAGCUGUGGUGUAACUGCCCUUUUUGGCCUGAUGAUGGUAUGUGCAAGCUGCGUGAUUGCAGUGUUUGUGAAUGUCCUGAAAGUGAAUUUCCAGAACCUUUUAAGAGCCCAUUUAAACGCACUCUUCAAUCUGACAAUUUAGCCUGUCAAGAGGGAAAGCCACAGGCUACAGUGGAUCGGACACUAGAUAGUAAAGCUUUCAGAGGUUGGAUAGAAACAGAUAAUCCAUGGACAAAUGAUGAUGAGACUGAUAAUGCUGAGAUGACAUAUGUAAAUCUCCAAUUGAACCCUGAACGUUACACUGGCUAUGCUGGUCCGUCCGCCAGAAGAAUAUGGGAUGCUAUCUAUUCAGAAAAUUGUCCAAACCAUUCACAUGGAGAGACUCUCCAGGAGAAAAAUUUGUUGUACAAAUUAAUAUCCGGUCUUCACUCCUCAAUCUCAAUCCACAUAGCUGCUGAUUAUCUCCUUGAUGAAACUACCAACCUGUGGGGCCAAAAUCUUGGGCUGAUGCAUGAUCGAGUUUUGAGAUACCCUGAUCGAGUUAGAAACCUGUACUUCACUUUCCUUUUUGUUCUCCGUGCCAUGAGAAAAGCAUCAGCUUAUUUGGAGCAGGCUGAGUACAACACAGGUAACCAUGCAGAGGACCUAAAAACACAAUCCUUGAUGAGGCAGCUCCUUUGCAAUCCCAAACUCCAAGCUGCAUGUCCACUUUCUUUUGAUGAAGCUAAGCUGUGGCAAGGCCAAAGUGGACCUGAACUGAAACAACAGUUUCAAAAGCAGUUCAAACACAUUAGUGCCUUGAUGGACUGUGUUGGAUGUGAGAAGUGCCGGCUUUGGGGAAAGCUUCAGAUUCUUGGUCUUGGCACUGCUUUAAAAAUCCUCUUCUCUGUUGAUGAUCAAAACCACACACCUCUGCAGUUGCAACGGAAUGAAGUGAUUGCUCUGGUAAAUCUGCUCAGCCGCCUCUCAGUAUCUUUCAAACUUGUCAAUGAAAUCAGGCCUUCAGCUGAGAAGUUAAUGGGAGGACAGAUUUCUGCAGCUCCAGUUCUAGAAAACAGGCCAUGGCAAAGAAUAUGGGAGUUCAUGGAUAGACUCCGGUAUUUCACUAGUCUACCCUUGCAUGCCAUUAAUUCAUUUACCUGAUUGUCAUUCUCCACUCUCACAUCUGACCACAUACAUAUCCUGAAAUGAUGUUUUAAGGUUAAGGAAGUCACCAUUGUAACGGCUCAUCUUCAAAUAUUCUUAUACUAUCCAACUGUAAAAGGCGAUGUAAAUGACAGGAGUAGAUGAAGAUGAAAACAAAGCACAGAAUUUCGGGUAUGCAAAUGCACAUAUAUAUAGAGGUAAGAAUGAGGUUUGAUGUAAUGUGUAAGAUCCAUUCAUUUUUUAUGAGAUCAAAGGCAAUAAAGAUAAUGUGGAAAUCAUCAAAAUUGUUCCAAUGUUUUUCCCUUGUACUCAAUGAUAAUGCCAAAACCUUAGUGGGGUUUUCUCUUCUCUUGCUUCUCACUCUUUUGUCUUGUGAGUUCAAGUUUUUCUAUAGUAUCAAAAAGUGUAAAGUGGUAAUCAAUUUCAUGUUUUGUACUUUAAUCUCA